UUAAGGGUGCUUUCUUUGAGAGGGUAUAAGAUUGAAGAGUUACCAGAUUUUGUGGGAAAUUUGAAACACUUAAGGUACUUAGAUUUUUCUCAGACAAGUAUUAAAAGUUUGCCCGAGUCAAUAAGUAACCUCUAUAAUUUAGAAACCCUUCUAUUAAAGAAUUGCAUAAACCUUGAGAAGCUACCUUUGGAGAUGGAAAACUUAGUCAACCUAUGUCAUCUUGAUAUCACUGGUUCAAAUAAAUUAGAAGGCAUGCCAAGUAAUGUUGGCAAGCUAGCUGAUCUUCAAACACUAUCCAAUUUUGUGUUGGGUGAAGAUAAGGGAUAUCAAAUAAGGGAGUUAAAAGAUUUGUCAAAUCUCAAGGGAAAACUUAGUAUUUCAGGGUUACAGAAUGUCUUUGAGCCUCAAGAUGCUUGGAUGGCUAAAUUAUGUGAUAAGUCAAGACUCGAGAAGAUAGAAUUGAGGUGGAGCAAGGACUUUGACAGCGAGAGACAAGAUGUUGAUAAAAAGGUGUUGGAUGGGCUUCAACCUUCCAAAAACCUUAAGGAGCUUAGCAUCACCUUCUAUUGUGGUGCAAUGUUGGCAAACUGGGUAGGAGAUUCAUCCUUCAAUGAUCUACUCUCUUUAUGCCUUGAAGAUUGUCCAAAUUUAUUAUCAUUGCCAUCAAUUGGGAAAUUGCCAUUGUUGAAAGAGGUACAUAUUAAGGGAUUGAAAAGUGUAACUAAUGUGGGAGUAGAGUUCUUUGGGGCAAACACGAAGAAUGCAUUUUCUUCAUUGGAGAUUUUACAGUUUGAAGACAUGCCUAUAUGGGGGAAUUGGAACUUGAGCGAAGUUGACGAGGAAGCUAGGAAAUUCCCUAGACUUCGUGAGCUCCUUAUUCGAAAGUGUCCCUUGUUGUCGGGGAGUAUGCCGGAACAUCUUCCUUCUUUGGAGAAACUUUCAGUUAGUGAUUGUGAGAAAUUGAUAAUUCCAAUUCAAAACUUUCCAAAGCUUUCGGAGCUGAAAAUUGAAAGAUGCAAAAAGGUAGUGUACAAAGGUUUUGCGGAAGAUAGCUCAUUAAAAAGAGUCUCAUUUUCAGGAAUUUCCAAGUUUAGUUGUGCAACAGAAUGUUUGAUGUUAAGAUCAAUAAAAGUGGAGUCCCUUGAGAUUGAUGAUUGUUGUGAGGAGUUGUGCUCUUUCCGAGAGAACAAUUGGGGAUGGCUAACUCAGUCCAUGUCCGUCGGUGUUUUGAGUAUUGGAAAAUGUCCGCAAGUAGAAGAAUUAAUGCAGCUGAAGAUCCCUUGCAACAUUGAGCAAAUGAAGAUAAAGAAGUUUGAAAGGCUAGAAAAGCUGUCAACAACCUUGCAUUCCUUCGCAUCACUUACGAUGGUAGAGCUUUACGAUUGCCCAAAAUUGAUUUCUCUUGAAAGGAGCAAUUUGCCUUGGAACUUGAAAGUGCUAAGUAUUUAUUUUUGCGAAAAUUUGCAAUUUUUGUUGUUGGAUGAAGAUCAGAAUGUCAACUCCAGAAAUGCAUGUGUUCUUCAAGAGUUAGAGAUUUACAGUUGUGAAUCUCUGGAGAGAAUAAACAAGAAUUCGCUGCCCUCCACGCUUAAGCAACUUAAACUAAAAUGGUGUUCAAAGCUAGAGUCCAUUGCUCGAGAAGUUCAAGAUAACUCUUGUCUGGAAUCUAUUGAUAUCAUUAGUUGUCAUAUGAUUAAGGAUCUACCGCAAGGAUUGAACCAGCUCAAGCAUCUCCAGAGCGUAAACAUAUGGAGCUGUUCAAAUUUGAUUUGCUUUCCAGACAAUGGUUUGCUCCCCACAAACCUCAAAGUGCUGCUCCUUGCAAAUUGUGAACUACUACAAGGUCUACCUGAGGGCGUACACAACCUCAACUCUCUAGAAGAACUAGUAAUAAAAUAUUGUCGAAAUGUAACAAUAUCCUUCCCAGAAGGGGGUAAUAUUCUUACCAAUCUCAAAUCACUUAAUAUUGAAGGAUCCAAUAUCUGUAAGCCGAUGAUUGAGUGGGGAUUGCAUAGGCUCACUUCUCUUAAUUCCCUAUGGAUAUCAAAUGGGUGUCCAGAUGUAGUAUCGUUUCCAGAAGAUGAGAUAGGAAUGGCACUACCCUCCUCUCUCACCCAUCUCAACAUCGUGAAUUUCCCAAAGCUGGAAAUCCUAUCCUCCAAUGGCUUUCGUAACCUCACCUCUUUGGAGUCCUUGAGCAUCGACAAUUGCCCAAACCUCAAAUUUCUUCCGGGGAAUGACAUGCUUGCUUCGCUUUUGCACAUAGUGAGCUCGAGAUGUGCAUUGCUAGAAGAACGGUGCAAAAGGGAUAGAGGACCCGAGUGGUCCAAAAUAUCCCACGUACCUUUUGCUCAAAUUAGAUGACGAAUCAUACCAUGUGUAUUAAAACUCAGUACAUGUUUUAGUUUCUUCUAUUGUUGAUUGAACAUGUAAAAGUUGAGAGCUUAUGGUCCAUCAUUUUUUGUUCUUAAGACAUGUAAACAUGAGAAACCAGCCCUUCCAAUAGAAUGAUGCAAAACUAUGUGUUUCUUGUGA